UCCUCACCCCAGGCUCAGCCUCCAUGUGGGGAGCCAAUGGCUCUGCAGUGACCGAGUUCAUCCUCAUCGGCUUCUCCACCUUCCUCCACCUCCAGCUGAUGUUCUUCCUGCUGUUCCUGCUGAUGUAUCUGUUCACACUGCUGGGCAACCUGGUCAUCAUGGCCACUGUCUGGAGCAAGCGUGGCCUCCACACACCCAUGUACCUCUUCCUGUGUGCCCUCUCCAUCUCUGAGAUCCUCUACACUGUGGCCAUCAUUCCGCGCAUGCUGGCCAACCUGCUCUCCACCCAGCGCUCCAUCACCCUCCUGGCCUGUGCCAGCCAGAUGUUUUUCUCUUUCACGUUCGGCUUCACUCACUUCUUCCUGCUCACUGUCAUGGGCUAUGACCGCUACGUGGCUAUCUGCCACCCCCUGCGCUACAACGUGCUCAUGAGCCCCCAAGGCUGUGCCUGCCUGGUGGGCUGGGCCUGGGCUGGUGGGUCGGUCAUGGGGUUGGUGGUGACUGUGGCCAUUUUCCAACUCACUUUCUGUGGACCCAAUGAGAUCCACCAUUUUGCUUGCCAUGUGCCACCCCUGUUGAAGUUGGCCUGUGGAGAUGAUGUACCGGUGGUGGCCAAGGGCGUGGGCUUGGUGUGUAUCACGGCCCUGCUGGGUUGUUGUCUCCUCAUCCUCCUUUCCUAUGCAUUAAUCGUGGCUGCCAUCUUGAAGAUCCCAUCCGCAGAAGGUCGGCAUAAGGCCUUCUCCACGUGUGCCUCUCACCUCACUGUGGUGGUUGUUCAUUAUGGCUUUGCCUCUGUCAUCUACCUCAAGCCCAAGGGUCCUCAGUCUCUGGAAGGAGACACCCUGAUGGGCAUUACCUACACAGUCCUCACACCCUUCCUCAGUCCCAUCAUCUUCAGCCUCCGGAAUAAAGAACUGAAGAGCGCCAUGAAGAAAACCUUCUUGAGCAAACUCUGUCCAGAAAAAAUAUAA